AUGUCGCCAACGUCAUCGGCUGUGCGCCGCGGUAGUUGUCUUUGCAAGAAAGUCCGAUUCGAAAUGCGUGGCCAGCCGAAGACGUAUCUGGUCUGCCACUGUCUUAACUGUCAGAAGAGCAGUGGUUCGGCGUUUAUGGCGAAUGCAUUCUUCUUGCCCAAGGAUGUUGUGAUCACGCAAGGCAAGGACCAUAUCAAGACUUACGCGGACAGCAAUACGAAGAGCGGACAACCGCUUAUUCGGUCUUUCUGCGGCGAAUGUGGAUCGUCACUGUUCCUAAGGAACGUCACCAUAGAUCUCACCAUCGUCAACACUGGAAGCAUUGACGAUAAACUUGAAACUGACGCCAGUAUCAAAGUACCCAAACGCGAGCUCUUUGUCGAAGACAAACGGCCGUGGCUAUCAGUCGAGACGAAUGGUGGUACAAAAGCGCGUUUAUAA